CUUUUCUUCAGUAUUUGGUAUAGCUAGAUGUGGCUCCGCCUCUUUCUCUUUUUGAUGUAAUGACCAACAGAGGGCGAGAACCGUCGCUACCAAGCUUUCUUUCCGGACAACAAAAUAUUAGCUCAAUUUCCUGUCCUGCGCAGUGGCGUGGCAACAACCAUGGCGGUGGCUGACAAAUCUACAAAAGAGCGGUUAUUAUUGGUACUGGACGAUUUAGAGGUGUUAUCCAGGGAAUUGAUAGAGAUGCUUGCACUGUCAAGGAGCCAAAAACUCCCUCAAGGAGGUGAGGACACUCAGAUCCUGGAGCUGCUGGUACAGAGAGACAAAGAGUUCCAGGAGCUGAUGAGGGUGGCACAGGAGCAGGGCAAGGUGCACCAGGAGAUGCAGGUCCUUGAGAAGGAGGUGGAGAAGAGAGACAGCGACAUCCAGCAGCUCCAGAAACAGCUGAAGGAGGCUGAACAUAUACUUGCGACUGCUGUAUACCAAGCAAAGGAGAAACUGAAAUCUAUUGAUAAGGCCAAAAAAGGGAGCAUCUCUUCAGAAGAGAUCAUCAAAUAUGCCCACAGGAUCAGUGCCAGCAAUGCAGUCUGUGCCCCUCUCAACUGGGUACCAGGUGAUCCGCGUAGACCUUACCCCACUGACCUGGAGAUGCGCAGUGGAUUGUUGGGUCACAUGAGCAACCUGCCAACCAAUGGCGUGAAUGGACACCUCCCUGGAGAUGCACUGGCAGCUGGGAGAUUGCCAGAUGUGCUCACCCCCCAGUACCCCUGGCAAUCAUCAGAUGUCUCAGUGGGCAUGCUCCCCCCUCACCAUGGCAACGACUUUGGGCUGGAGCCCCCCGGCCACAACAAGGAGAACGAGGACGACGUGGAGGCCAUGUCUACAGACUCAUCUAGCAGCAGCAGCGACUCGGACUAAGUGUGUGUGUCUGUCUCUGUCUGCCCAUCUGUGUGUGUAUAUCUGACUGAUUUGGGAAUUGGACACACCCAGUACCUCGUAGAGCCAGCUAUCCAUCACACCCAUAACAUUUACGAUAAACAUCAGUUGAUACAGGGUUUGCUAUCCGAUAUAGCAAACAACUACAUAGAAUCCAGAGAAUAUUGAGAGAUACUCAUCUCAUGGUCUUGUUUUUCUCUGACCCUCUCUAUUACUGGCUUGUUGAUGUGACAUUUGUACAACACUAUCUGUGAUCCCAAAUGUAAUAUCACCAGCUCUCUCUAAAGUCCACUGUUUCAGUUCAGGGUGUAUUCAUUAGUCAGAUUCGGUAAUGGAAAACGGUUAGCAAUGAAAACAAUUGUUUCUAUUGACAAAUUUGGGUAGGUUCCGCCCCGUUUCGUUUGGUUCCUAGACUAAAGGUUUUCGUUGCAAAAGACAAAAUGUUUUGCAAAAGACAAAAUGUUGUGCAAUGGAAUCCGACUAAGGAAUACACCCCAGGGAAAUGUCUGGUACUACGUGACUGAUAACAGACUCCUUUCGUUUGCUAUCAGGUUCCCCUUUAUUUGUUUCUUUGCUGUUUUCUUUUUUUAGACUGGCAAUGGGGAAUAGUGUUGAAAAGUACAUGUACCUUUUGUGUAGGAAGGAAUAUAACAGUAUUUCAUAAAAAAUAAAAAUAAAUAAAAAUGUUGCUGAUUCGAACCCAAGUGCUCCUUAUCAUCUCUGUUAUUGCUGAAAAACAUAUUACCAGGAGUGGAUUUUGAAAUUGUAGUUGCACUUACCUGAAUUUUUUUGCUUUUCUUUUUUUCCCAAAAGUAAAAACUGCUUAUUUCAGGCAAGAUUCAUCAAGCACACCUUAUGUUCUUUAUAUUGAAAAACUGCAUAUUAAUUGACUGACUUGUUGCUCCAUGUGUAAAUAAGGCUGUAUAUAUUGUAGUUUUUUUCAGGCUUGUAAAUAAAUACAACUUUUGAGUAAA